AUGACUAUUCUGGCUUCUCGUUUACUGUUAAGCCAAACACCAUUAUUAUCUCUUUCAACAAAAAGAUAUGCUCCGCGAAUAUCCAAUAUACUCUACUUGAAUCAGAAAGCAUAUAAUUCAUAUGGAAAUAGUGAUGAAUACGCGGCGUUUCUUGGCCCAUUUCCAGAAACUCGAAAAAUACCUCGAAACACAAUUAUAAAUUUCGUUCCACAACAAGAAGCGUGGAUUAUAGAGCGAUUUGGAAAGUUUGACCGACUUUUACAACCAGGUCUGGCUAUUGUGAUUCCAUUUAUCGAACGAAUAAAGUACAUUAAGAGUCUUAAAGAAAUUUGUUUAAACAUUCCAACUCAAAGUGCUAUAACGCAGGAUAAUGUUACACUAGAACUUGAUGGUGUAUUAUAUAUAAAAGUCGUUGAACCAUACAAGGCGUCUUAUGGUGUUGAAGACGCCGAGUAUGCAAUUGCACAAUUGGCCCAGACAACAAUGCGGGCCGAAAUUGGUCAAAUGACCUUGGAUAGGACAUUAGCGGAACGUUCUCAUUUAAAUGCAAAUAUAGUUGAUGCAAUUAAUAGUGCUUCAGAAGAUUGGGGUGUCAAAUGUUUAAGAUACGAAAUACGUGACAUUAAACCACCUGAAAAGGUUGUGGAGUCUAUGCAUUCUCAAGUAUCUGCUGAGAGAUCCAAAAGGGCUUCUAUAUUAGAGUCUGAAGGUGCGAGGCAAGCUGCUAUUAAUGUUGCAGAAGGUUCAAAAGAAUCUGUGAUAUUGGCUUCACAGGCUGAAAAAGCUGAACAAAUAAACAAAGCUUCCGGUGAGGCCGAAGCUAUUCUUCUUCGUGCUAAUGCUACCGCUGAAGGUAUUCGGCGAAUUGCUUUAGCUAUAGAAGAAAAAAAUGGACCUGACGCAGUUGCGCUCAUCGUGGCUGAGAAAUAUGUAGAGGCCUUUGGACAACUCGCUAAACAAGGCAAUUCUAUAAUUGUGCCAGCUUCUGUUAGCGAUGCUAGUUCAAUGAUUGCUCAGGCUAUGUCUAUAUAUAGCACUGUUUCGAAAAAAGAUAAAUUAACUCCCUAA